AUGUGUAUGAUCGAUGGACCUUGCACGUCCACCCUAGCUAGGCUCGCCCUCGUGGAAAAGGCUUUGCAGAGAGAUGCGGAAAGGCUGCUGUAUUGCUCGCUCUUCAUCACAGACUUGGAUGAAGACGAGGAUGCAAGGUCGUUGCCUUGUCUUCGAACGCUCGCCCAAAACGAGAGCAAAGCCGUUAAAAGCGCCAAAAUUUCGCUCUCUUUCCAACGUCAGCGUCGCGACUGGAAAAAGCGGUUCUUUGCCACUUUACGGGCAGCACUACUCAGGACGCGAUCUUUGGUCCAUUUGACACUGGAUGUCGCUGUCAAUGACAGGCGACAAAUACCUGUGAAACACUGCGACGCGAUUUGGAGCCUGCUGGAGUACGUUCCGAACUCGCUCUCUAUCAUUUCGCCGUGGUGGCUUACCGUAGACGUGUUCUGUAGAUCAGCUACCUUCCGCCUCGACUCUCUUCAUUAUUCACCGCCUAGCUUCGAAAGGCCGGCAGACGUCAUAAUGUGGCAACCAUCUCUCCAGGUCGUUGGUCUGAUCACAGACCGCAUAGAGGACGAAGACAUUCUCCCAGAUUUCCGCGGUAUACUCGUUCCAGAUAAGACCAACCGCUCAUUUCCACCCUUGAUUCCUUACAAUCCUGAACGCAAUCCUGACCAACCUCGCUCUAUCCCUCUAAUUUUUGGACUUUCUUACGUCCCUCGGCCUAGAAUUAAAGGGCGUUUGAACAGAACUGUUAACCACGACCCUUCGCAAUCCACCGUCUCGGAACUCGAGUUCUGGGGCGACGGAUGGCCCGUCGAAUGGAGAAGGCCGGGGGCGACUGAAUAUGAAGAGGGAGGGGAGGCGACCAUUUUUCUGUUCCCUGGAUUAUUCCCCCAAGAAUCGGGGACUAUGGCCAAGAGAGUCGCUGAACACGUUUCCCGCCCUGACGUCGUUCCCAUUCUUCCACACCCAUCAUUAUCGACCCCGUCCUUGACCAAAAUCUACUGGUUGAUCCCACCACCUAUCCAAGAAGCGCGCAGGUUCUACGAAGGGAUGGAUACGUGGUUCAAGAACGCUUCGAGUGUUGUUGUCUAUGGAAAGGUGGAUUUUUCACCGGAAGGCAUUGCUCGUUUGGUGAGUACUUGA